AUUUUGAGUCCAAUAUGUGAUGAAAGCAAUACUCAGUUGAAGAUUGAUUCAGUUGUGUCGGUAGACAACGAAACGGUCUAUUAUUUCACUGACGAUAUCAUAACAGUAGUGAAUGUCAAAACCAACUCUAUUGUCAAUGUCUCGCAAAUCAAUGCUUACUUUAAUAGUGAUCCGAUUGAGACGCCGAUAGACAUAGCAUUUAUUUACGACAAUAAUCUUGAGCUAAUCAGCAAAAAUAGAACCGAAUGGGUUAUAGACUUAAAAACUGGACGAUCGACGAAACGAAAGGAUAAUCUAAGGGAUUGGGUAUUGAAUGGUAUAAUCGCUGUGUUUCCGACCGAUACGACGGGUGUGUUGGUUGCGAGCAAUAAACCCACCGAAGGGUUCGUUAGUAUUCACUUACAGGUGAACCCAAAUUACACCCAAAACACCAGUUAUUUGAUCAGAAAUGGAGAUCAGAUACGACUGUUCAGCGGAAACGAUCCCACUUUGAAAGACAUUGAAUUUUAUCGCCAAAUCGAUACCAUUAAUAUAACCAACGCUUAUAAGAUCGGAGACACCAUUACUUUCAUAGCCAACAGAUUCUCAGUCGAUGUGUCCAAAGAGUGGUCACAAUUAGUGGUUAAAGAUUUUGUCGCAAAUUUGUGUCCAAAUUUAAACCGAAUGACACCCCGAGCGCCAACCACCACAACCGCCACAACCAUUGCUACCACUCCCAGCGACUUGAUAGCUAAGGGCCAGGGAUUGAGUGGGGUGGCCAUUGCAAUGGCAGUUGCUAUUUUUCUCGCCACAAACGUCAAUACCAGAGAUUUUUUGGCACACAAUUGGAUCCAACAAACCGUUGAUACAAUACAAGUCCGAAGAAUUACUGGAGGUUUGAGUAAUCAGUUAUACUAUUGUGGAGUCAAUGAGCCCUCACUUACAUCCACUGCACCUCAAGAGGUGGCCAUCAGAUUGUAUGGCAAUAAAUGGUAUAACAAUCUGAAUAGUGAUGGGAAUGAGAGAUCGAAAGAUAGGAGUAGUGAACGUCUGAGUGAUGUGAUCACAUCUCUGAUGUUAUCGGAGACACAAUUGGGACCAAAAAUAUACGGACUCUUCGAAGACGGACAGAUCCUACACUACUAUCACCACCGACAGUUCAAACUCGAGGAGCAAAACAACCCAAAACUGGUUGAGGAACUGUUCCAAAAGAUAGCUCGAGUUCACGCCCUGGACGUCCCCCUCCCGAAGAAGCACUGGCUCUUCAGAGAGAUUGAGCUCAACUACGAGGAGGCGUACAAAAGACAUCCCAUUAAUGAGUUGAUAGAAGAGCUAAGCUGUGAGACAAUCAAAACUCACGAUUUGAAGACUGAGAUCCAGUGGCUGAAGGAUAUGAGCGUCAAAAUAAACAGUCCUCUCGUGUUUGCACACAACGAU